GCCGAAAAUCAGAUGGCUGUCGAAGAAGCUUCGUAAUAGUUCGUUAUAGAAAAAGACAAAAACACACAGAGACGUAAGGGUCCCCCGAUGGAGACCGGACCAACCGGCGGUGCCCUUGGUGGCGACGAUCUAUCCCCGUCGUCUCCCGCGGCGGUCAUAUCGCGGUGGACUUUCGAGGUAUCGCGGCGAUACCAGCACCUCCUGGACAAAACGGUUCCGCACGUUCUCAACCGUUGGAUCGGAUGUCUUGCGGUGGUGUUGAUCUACGCCGUACGCGUGUACUUCGUGCAGGGGUUUUACAUCGUCACCUACGGCCUCGGCAUCUACUUGCUGAAUUUGCUGAUGGGGUUCCUUUCCCCUCAAGUGGACCCCGAGAUGGAGGAUGGUCCCUCGCUUCCCGUCAGUGGAUCCGAUGAGUUUCGCCCUUUCGUCCGUCGACUCCCCGAAUUCAAAUUCUGGUACUCGAUCACAAAGGCCUUUUGCAUUGCUUUCGUGAUGACAUUCUUCAGUGUGUUUGAUGUGCCUGUCUUUUGGCCAAUACUCCUUUUCUAUUGGAUAAUGUUAUUCAUCCUGACUAUGAGGAAACAGAUACUGCACAUGAUCAAGUACAAAUACGUCCCUUUCUCAUUCGGGAAACAGCGAUACGACAGCAAGAAGGCAUCUCCAACAGAAAACACAAACCUUCCCAGGGAUUAAGUUCCUCAGGUGCAUCUGGGAAAGUUUAGCCUAGAUAAGAAAACCAAAGUUACCAGACAAAGAACACUUUGUAUUGAUGGAACAUGCAACAUUUGCCGUCGCCUGUAACUUCUGCCGGUAACAUGUAUUUUUUACUUCUGAUAAUACUCAAUCAAGUAGUGCAAUUGGUUUAUAUUAAAAGUUUUAGAUGUGGAUGGUACUUUUUAAUCUUAAACAAAUAUACCCUAUUUAUUAACUCAUAACAUUCACGUUGUUAUUUAGAUUAAAGAAGAUUGUGAGAUCUUAUGUCAA